CGGGUAGGUUUCCUCCCUCUAAUUGAAUGUCUUUGUGGCAACGAUGAUCGAAAGUUCCAUCGGCUACAAAGUGUGAUUUUAUGGCUCCAAUUGGUUCAGUUUGAGUAGAUCGUUAAGGGUCCCUGACGCGUUGAAGAAGAUAGGAGAUCGAUGAUGGAGGGGCUGGCGUUGGUUCAAUAGUCUGGAUUUGAAACUCUGGGCUGGCGCAGCUUCUUAACGGUUGAUAAGGGGCCACACUCUUUUCAUGUGAUGACACUAAUUGAGAAUUAUCUCCAAACAACCGCAUCUACUCAACGGGAGCACUCAUAUAAUGGUAGUUUCCUCAUUCAUGUGAAGACGAUGGCUCGUUGCUUCGUCGUCGCUGACAUAAGCCUGCUGGGGCCAACUUCUCACCGCAUGAGCACCACGAUGGCCAUUCGAGCCUUAAAAAACACCCGCACCAGAACAUCGAUACCACUCCCCCAUCUUAGCCGGCAGACGAGAUCUUUCAGACUCUCCAUAUCCUCAACAACCUGCUACGAGAUGGGCGAGAACCCUCCAGAAGAAGCGCCCUUCCCUCUGACGGCAGUCGACAGAUGGGUCCUCUCGCAGACUGAUGAGGAGUUUCACAAACAUGAUUGGGAGGAGUUAAAGGAGAUUAUCAGGACGAACAACCUCUCUGUUCUGAAGCGCAAGCCCUCUGACCUUCGUCGAUAUAUGGCAUGGACUGCAGAGACCAAAGCAGAAUAUGGCUCCAUGACGAAUUAUCUUCUUGUAAACCGCCUGCCUCAGGAAUGGGGAAACCCGCCAUUCACACCAAGAUCUACCGUCCCUUUCGAGGACCCUUCAGACUACCGCAUCUUGAUCAAUGACUGGCCUUACGGAUUGGAACCGGACAUCAGACACAUUGUCGUAUGGUUGCGCACAACCAUCCCUACGGACUCCGAGACUGGUGAUAUGACACCCGAGAGCAGGGCUUUGGUCCAGUCAUUCAUCGAAAAGACAUUCAUCGAUGCUCUGGGUCCAAACGGAGAGAGUAAAGUGCUGUGGUUCAAGAAUUGGGUCGCCCUUCAAAGUGUACGCGCUUUAGAACAUAUUCAUGUCCUAGUCCGCAAUGUGGACUAUGAUACCCUUGAGCGCUGGACUGGAGAAGGUCCGAAACAGAAGCCUUAGACAGCCAAUAGACUUAGAAUCCCAGGAGAGAUCUAAUGCCCUCAAUAAAAGUUGGGAAAUUUAAGCAGCCCGACGUGCUCUGCGAUUUCCUUGGGGAGCUGCACCAGCACCAUCGCCCGCUCCUUGGAACUCAGCCAUCUUCUGCUUUCCCAUGCCAAGUAGCCCACUUCCCAGGUACACGCCAUAUGCCGGAAGGAUAAGCCACAGAAACCAAGCUUUAUUUCCGAAGAUAAUGACGAAGAUUACUGCAGCCCAGGUAACCCAGAUGACGUCGAACAUGUACUCGGUCAAGCCAGGAGAGGACAGAUCCUCACCAGCGGUACGCAGGGCGCGGGUAGUUGGGUCGUACUUCGGUCGACCGGAAGCCUCGAGAAUGUACUCGCAGAUGAGGGCAGGCGCAGAAAGGAGAACGUAAAGCCAGAUAGAGCGAGCACGGAACAGGAAGUGGGAAAGGAGGAAGAGGGCGUUGACGAUAAGAGAACCGAUGUGCAGGUUGUUAAGUGCCGCCGCGUUGGACUUGGCGCGGUCCUUUUUCGCUUUCUGAGCCAUUGUAUAUGAGUACUAGCGAAUACGCUCAGGUCGAUACAAAUCUAGCUGCGCAGUGGUGAUAGCUGAGAGCACGCGGUUGUUAGGUUGAUCAAGCUGAAGUGUUCACUCAAGAAGUGAGAAGUGGAAUGACGAUGCUGAUGACAGGGGAGAACUUGCAAGUCC